AUGAACGCCAAGAUUGUGAAUAAGGUAUUGCCAUCAGAGGACGAAGAGGAAGAAAUUGUGGAUCCAGCCAUUGAACUCCGUGCUACUUGUGCUGCUUCUAGAUGCCAACAAGAAGUUGCUGAUUAUGAAGGAUGCGUGAAAAGAAUUGAAGGAGAUGAAACCGGAGAGAAGAAUUGUGCUGCUUGGCUUUUUGAUAUGAGAACUUGCAUUGAUCAUUGUGCUUCUGAAACUCUCUUUUCAAAGCUCAAGUAA